AUGGUUCAACUCACAGAGGUUGUUGACGAGCACUUCCAGGAGGGCCAGGUUGGUCCCGAGGAAGACGACGACGACUACAGUGAUACCGACUCGGAAAUCUCAAACGAAUCGGAUUACGAUCCCUCCAACGAGACCCUAGGCGAGCGCCUCUACGCCCUGCGCGACAUCGUCCCUCCCCAGACCCGCCAGAGCAUCGCCAACGGCGUCAACAACACAACCGACGCCGUCAAGUCGGUCCUGUCCUUCGGUGGCAAGACUCUCUGGGUCAUCGCUACCUCCGCCCUUGUUCUAGGUGUCCCCUGGGCCCUCGCCUUUGCCGAGGAGCAGCAGGUCAUGGAUAUGGAGAGGGAGAUGAAGAUGCGCGAGAUGGGCGGCGAGAUUCUGACCGCUGGUGGCGCUCCUGACUCCCAGGGCUCUGCCGUCGCCCAGCAGGUUGGCCAGGCUCUUGGCAGCUCCGAGGCCAAGCCCGCCUUGUAA